UGGGCUCGAUCCCAGGACCCUGGGACCAUGACGCCCAGCAGCUCGCGUUCUUAAGCGGCUGACCAGCCCCCCGGUUACGCCCUGGGCCUUCCGCGGGCUCUGCAGAAGCGUCUUGCCCACAUACCCGGCACUCCUUCCCGCAGCUCCCGAUUGCCUUACUGCGGGUCCUGGGCCAAGCCCCUGAGGCCGAGCCCAGGGCGGAUUCCUGCCCGGCCUGCUUUCGCUAGCUAGAGCUCAGCCCCUCCGGCGGCCUCCACGAGGUAGAUGGGGAGCUGUAAAGCCUCUUUAAAAGGGGCAAUAAAAGUUUUGGGUUUCAGAUGGUCUUACUGAAGAAGCGAGUAACAGAGACAGGAAAUGUCGGUAGCAGCAGACGCCGGCCAGAGCGCACAGACCGCCUCCUUCCCAGCACGCAGGCUGCUGGCUCCUCCCGGCCCCACGGCCCUCGCCUGGCUCCCAGCUCCUGGGGAGACGCGGGGGCCCCACAUACACUGUUUCGUCUGCGUGGUUACUUGGCCGGGCUCCCGGACAGCCUCAUAAAUCAGCGCGGCCACAGUGAGGAGCCUGUUCGUGUGGGCCUUACGCGCUUGGCAGGCCCUCGCCUCCUCCCUGCUCGGGAGCACGCUGCUGCCUCCCAUUUUCCAUGGGCCGCCGCAGACCCGGGAGCUGGGAUGUGCUCGCGGGGCAUGGGGGGGCUGGGGGGCUGGUGGAGGGCUGGGGAGGAAGCCACCACCUUGGGGAUGCCCGCUUCCAGACUGCUCCCCCAGGCCCCUGGCGUGGCCCUCAGCACCUUCCCUUCCCCUGCCGCUGGGUGUCUCCCCUCGUGGAGCCGGGAGCCGGGCCUGGUGGGAAGUCACUGCAGGGCGCUCUGUCUCCUCCUGGGCGAGCACACGCAUGUGGCCUGCACGUGUGUCUACAGUACAUGUGAGUGUGCCCACAUCCCCCACCAGAUAAGAAGCCACUGGAAGCAGCAUCUGGCCAUCGUGGCACCGGAGAAGGCGGGGACACGUCUGUCUGGGUGGACGGCACCGGAGCAUGGAGACUCAGUUUCCUCAUCUGGGAAGCAGAACUGUGGUGCAUCCCUGCUGCCCGCGGCCCGGCCGGGACACAGUUCCAGCGUGAAGAGCUGAGCGGCUGCUCUG